GGUAACCCUUGUUCCUUCUCGCAUUUCGAUUCUCGUCCAAGAGAGUUGGUAGUAGGCGCUCAGCAUUUCCUUACCAACUUUCUUCAAGAUGGACUUCCUUCAGCGCCUGGCGAGGUUCCUGGAUCGCCCUCUCUUCCCAUGGAAGAAGAUGAUCAUCGGCUUCUCGGUUGCCCAGUACCUAUUCGAAGGCUUCCUUGGAUUGCGCCAAUAUCAGGUCCUACAAAAGACAAAGCCGCCGAAGGUGCUGGAACAUGAGGUCUCGCAGGAGGUCUAUGACAAGAGCCAGGCCUACGGUCGAGCCAAGGCCAAGUUCCAGAUGUUCAACGGACUGUACAGCCAAAUUCAAAACAUCGCGUUCAUCCACUACGACAUCCUUCCGAAACUCUGGUCAUGGGCUGGCAAUUUGCUUUUCCGCUUCGCGCCGGCGCGUUUCACGGGCGAGAUAUCCCAAUCGAUUGUCUUUGUGCUGGCCUUCAUCGUCAUCCAACAAGUGCUCUCUCUGCCGUCCAACAUCUACAACACAUUCGUUCUGGAAGAGAAAUUCGGCUUCAACAAACAGACUCCGAAGAUCUUCAUCACCGAUAUGAUUAAGUCUAACAUGCUGGCGGUCGUACUUGCACCUCCCAUCCUUUCCGCAUUCUUGGCCAUUAUCCAGAAGACCGGAAAUCAGUUCUUCUACUACCUCUGGUUGUUUGGAGCCGGGCUCCAGGUCUUCAUGAUCACUAUAUAUCCGAUUGCCAUCCUCCCAUUGUUCAACAAGCUUUCCCCGCUGGAAGAAGGUGCCCUGAAGACGGAUGUUGAGGGUCUUGCCAAGAAGCUCGAGUUCCCCCUCCACGAGCUAUACGUCAUUGACGGCAGCAAGCGCAGCGCCCAUAGCAAUGCUUAUUUCUUCGGGUUGCCCUGGAAGAAGCAUAUCGUCAUCUACGAUACACUGAUCGAGAAGAGCGAGACGCAAGAGGUUGUCGCGGUUCUAGCACACGAGCUGGGUCACUGGAGCCUUGGCCACACCACCCGCUUAUUCGGCAUCUCGCAGAUACACUUCUUCUACAUCUUUUCGCUCUUCUCUGUCUUCAUUAACAACAAGUCGCUGUACAAUGAUUUCGGGUUUAUCAACGAACACCCCAUCAUCGUGGGCUUCAUUCUAUUCUCCGAUGUCCUGGGCCCUAUGGAUACUCUCAUCAAGCUGCUGAUGAACAUUCUGAGCCGUCGCUUCGAGUUCCAGGCCGACGCCUUUGCGCGCGGCUUGGGUUAUAGCGCAGACCUGGCGAAGAGCUUGAUCAAGCUGCAGAUCCAGAACCUUAGCACGAUGGAUGCCGACUGGAUGUUUGCGAGUUACCACUUCUCACAUCCGAUCCUGUCUGAGAGAUUGAAGGCGCUAGAUUGGCAGGCCACUGAGAAGGUGGACGCAAAAGUGGAUGAGAAGGCUGAAGCUACUGCCACAGGAAGGGAUGAGCUGUAAAGAUUUGUACUAUGGUAGACAGAAAAGAGGGGACUUCGACCCGAACAUCGGGGUCUUAAAGGGAUAGGGAAGGGCCAUGCAUCGGCCGAUCGAUUAGAACUACGCAAUCUUGUCAUUUUCCUUUUAUGUAUCCGUAUUCCGAAUAUCUCCGUGACCAGCCUGGCAGCCUGGUUCUAGGUCGUGAAUGAAAGGAAUUGGUCCACUUGUAUUUUUGCCAGGUGCUGCCAGCUGGCACCAAUUUCCAAAAGUUGCUCCACGAAAU